UUCCGUUCCACUGAGGCACUGACCGCCGCUUCAUUUCAAACAAGGCAAAACCCCAGCCUCCCAAAACCGCAAGAUCCGCGGCGACCAUGCGGCGCGGCGGCGGCGGCGGACGCCGGCUCCCCAAGUCCUCCCUUGCGCCCUCCGCCGCGGCCGAGGGCACCCCGUCGCUGGAGCCCAGCGUCAUCCGCCCGCGCAACCUCGACCUCGCCUUCUCCCGCCGCGAUUCCGACGUCGCCAGCCUCUGCAGCAGCCGGCCCCCUUCCUCCAUCGGCGUGGGCACGACCGCCAGCGCCCCCAACUUCUCCGACCGAGCCACGCAGGCCGCCGCACUCCGCGUCGUCAACGCCUUCCUCGACCCCGCCGUCACCCUCCGUCCGCCCCUCCCCGCCGCCCGCGACAUCCUGGCCGCUCUCCGCCACCUCCUCGAACGCCUCCACUUCCCCGUCUCGGAGAAGGAGGCCGGGUUCGAGGACGACCUCCUCUAUGUCCUCCGCAUGCUCGGCUGUCCCUACAAGCUCACCCGCUCCGCUCUCAAGGCCCCCGGAACCCCGCACUCCUGGCCGCCACUCCUCUCCGUCCUCCACUGGCUUACCCUCCUCGCCAGCGUCUCAGAUGAUGUGGCUUCUUCCCCCUCUGCCUCCGCCUUCAAUGAUCUCAUGCUCUACACCACCCAAGGAUACUCUUAUUUCAUCUCGGGUGAUGACGACGCCGUCGCCUCCCUGGACGACGAGUAUGUCUCCAAAGCCCGCGAGCAUGCUGAGGCGGCUGUUGAAGCCUUCCGUGCUCUGGAAAAGGAGGCUCAGGAACUGGAGGCGAAGGCGAUUAAGCUCACCUCGGGCCCUUCGCGGCGGGAGGCACUGGAGGCGGAGAAGGAGACCUUCACUGCGGACAUUCACAAGUUUGAGGCAGUGGUGAAGACCUGGAGCGCUAAGAUGGACGAGAAGGGGGAUGCACUGCUGGAUUUGGAGAAGGAGCUGGAGGCGAAGGUGAUGGACGGGCGGCGCAUUGCGGCUGAAAAUCAGGACCUAUUGAAGAAAGUGGAGGCGCAGGCGGUGAAUGUGAGGGAUGCUGAUAGGAUGCACAGGGAGAUGCAAGUGGUGGAGCGUGACAUUGCCAAAGCGGAGAGUGGGAAGGCGGCACUGGAGGACAAGGGUUGGGAGCUUGAAGCUGCGCUGGUUACGAAGCUUGAGGAGCUUGAGGGGCUUGCCGAGCAGUGCAACCAGGCCCUCAAAAGAUUGAAACCUGAUAUUGAUUUCCAGUACAUGCUAAAUGCAAAAGGGUCCUCCCCUGCUGAGAUACUAGGUCUCAGUUACAAAACAGUGCUGAAACCUGCACUUAAGGCUCACGCUGAGGAGAACAAAAGGGUUUCUGUCUCAAAGCUUGAAGAGUCAGUCGAUCUACAGAAGCAGUUACAAGAAAUUGUUAAAAUCCUGGAGGACAAAAGGAACAAUAUUUCCAGUCUCCAGGCUAAAACUGAUGAGAUGGUCGCUCGUCUGAAUUCACUGGAUCGUGAAAUUAAAAAUGAUGACUCAAGAUGCACAGCUGAUGCUAGACAAAUGAAUGAUGAGUACGAGCGAAAGGACCAUCUCUUGAGCACUGCUGAAAAGGAGGCAGAUGAUAUUUUGAAGAAUUCUGAAAAGAGGCUCCAAGAUGCAUUACGCAAAGCUGAUGAAGAAACUCAGAUGUGUGCGAACGAACUGCUGCAACUUGUUGAUUCCAUUAUGGAGUAUAAAGAGUUCAUGGAAACAGUAAUCUCUCAGAGGAAGAAGGACCUAUCUGAAGCUGCAGAUUACAUAGCAUCUUUGCCAUCCAAGAUGUCAUCAACCUGUAAAACUUCUUACACCUGAAUGCGAAGAAUGUUUCUCAUCAAAUUGGGGAUGCCUCUUAUGAUAAUUGCUAUGUUGAGUUUGUUUCUUUCACCUGAAGAAGCUAAACGCUGUGUACAGAAUUCGUAGACUAUAUAACCGCUUUAGUCUCCAAUCUUAUGUGCCACAUUUUGCAUUUGCGAAUUGAUAAAUGGAUGGUUUAAUAUGUACUUGGCGAGUAUUUCAUUAAUAAUUUUGUGUAAGAACA